AUGUCGCUUUUGAGGACUGUGAGAAGCUUUGGGCAGUCUCAGACGGAAAUCAAGACCAAGAACGCAACCAAUGAUGACGAAUACAGUGGAGCUACUGGGUCACUUAUGAAUGAGAUUUCCGUUCUGACCUACAGCUCUCGGACAUUAAGAGAGAUAACCGCGGUGGUUCGCAAGCGCUUGAGCGGAAACAAUCGCAAGAGCUCACAUAAAAACGCUGUGCAUAUCCUGAAAACCCUCACCUUGACCGCGUAUCUGAUAAACAAUGGUUCCAACGAGUUCGUGGCGUGGAUUAGAUCCUACGUGUACUUAAUAGACUCACUGAAGGAGUUUACUAUAGGGAGCAGAGGACAAGAGCGGAUGGCCGUGCAGAUUCGGAGCCUUGCUUCCACGCUCUCAGUGAUACUCAGGGACGACGAAUUACUGCGGCAGCGGCGCAGCGACGUAACACUAUUCCGGUCGAGUAUAUCGACGCCCGGACGAAAGUCCACCGACAACAGCCACUUGAAAUUCACUCAGCUGAGCAACCGAGCAGAGGAUCUCCGCAAUACAAGACCUACGCGAAGCCUGGAUGUCGGCAGCCGGUCAUAUCCACGCCAUAGUCUGGACCACGCGAGGGCUCGGGUAGCGCUGGACCCGUUGACCGAAGAAGAAGCCUUGGACAAGGAAAACAUAUGCCCUUCUGUGCGCUCCGAACAAAAGUUCCAAGAAGAAGGCGUGUUCAGGCGUCGGGGUGUAACGAGGCUGGCUUCAAACAACCCUUUUAGAUAG